UCAUUCUGACUCCGAUGCCAAUCCAGGAAAUCAAAUUGGCUCAACGAGUAAUAGAUAUUGAAGUAUUAAUCUCGCGACUGCAAAAUUUUCGAUAGGUCAUGAUUAUUAUGAUUUCCUUUGUAGAUAGCAAUAUUACUUUUGCUUCCAGAUGGUAUUGUUAGAUUUUUUCUAUCAGCGUAUUUGUGUUAUUCAAAGUAACAGAUUUUACCUAGUGUUGUAGUUUACACUCACAGUAACUUAUAUUUGUAUAUAACUGAAAAACGAAGCACGUGAACGACCGGCGUCAUUUAUGAAGUGGAAUCUCAUUUUGCGUAUGAAUGUGCCUUGAUUGAGUGGAGGGGUUGACAGAAGAUUGAGUGAGGGUGUUGAAUACUUAGAAAUUCCAGAGAUGGCUACUUGUACUAGACGUACUCUAUGUUCUGCUAAAUCUCUUACUGGAUUAUUAUGCGGUGUGAUAAUGGGAUUCUUGAUGGGAAGUAUUCAUCUGGCAAUCAUGAAUUCGCAGUUUUAUUACACAAAGAUUGGAAAUUCGCAGAAUCCGUGUUUGUCAGUGUUACUUCAGCCCCGAUCUCUUGAAGACGACGACCCUUUACCAGAGAAUUUUUCUCCGAUCCGAUAUCCAGAAAAACAAAAACAUUUGCGGUAUGAUGAAAUGGUACAACUAAAUUAUAAACUGGAUGAUUACAAUGGAUAUGAUCAAAUUGAAGGUGACGAUGAUAUAAAUGGUCUCCUACAAGACGGCAAGAUCGACAAGAUAUACGAAAUCGAUUUAUCUAGAGUUGGAUUACCUAAAAAGAACGAUCUCAUUGGUUCUCCGCAUGCAUAUUCCUCGAAAAAAACAACGCCAAAAAGUCUUGACCACCAUCAAGAUGUUGUUAUUCAGACAAAAAGAAAUCACCACCGUCACGAUAAAUUUGAUCGAACCAUACACGAGCAAGAAAAGUUUCUAUAUGUUGGAGUUAUGACUGCUGGGAAAUACGUCGGAACUAGAGGGAAAGCAAUUCUAGAUACAUGGGCUCCAAAAAUAAAUGGAAAAGUCGAAUUAUUCGUAGGAGAAACAGCGAUCCUCCAGGAUAUACAAGAUGAAAAAGCCAUGAAUGUAGUUAGACUAAAACGAGUGAACGAUAACGACUAUCCACCUCAAAAGAAAUCGUUCAUGAUGUUAAAGCACAUGUACGAUCAAUAUUUAAAUGGAUACGAAUGGUUUAUGAGAGCUGAUGACGAUGCAUAUGUGAAAGCAGACAAACUAGAACGAUUCCUACGAAGGCUAAACAGCAGUGAACCACUUUUUCUUGGACAAACGGGACUAGGUAAUGAAGAGGAACGAGGGAAACUUACUCUCGACCACGGAGAAAAUUAUUGCAUGGGUGGACCCGGGAUGAUUUUCAGUCGAGAAGUAAUCCGAAGAAUAGCCCCUCAUAUCCGCACUUGUCUCCGCAAUAUGUACACAAACCACGAGGACGUCGAAAUCAGUCGAUGCGUGAGCAAAUAUGCCGACGUCAAAUGUGUGUGGUCGUACGAAAUGAGAGAACUUUUCUACGAACAUUAUUCCAAAAGACUUGGCUACAUCGAUCCUCAAGAGGGCUCAUUUGGAAACAGUUUGAUUGACGCUAUUACUUUACAUCCAAACAAGAAGCCCGAAUAUCAACGAAGGCUCCAUAACUAUUUUCUUUCACAAAAGAUAAAAUCACUGCAAGCAAAACUAACCUUAUUGUAUCGAGAUUUGGUAGAGAUGGACAAUGCUGUUGGGCGGACAUCAGAUAUGGAGGAAUUGAUGCUUGGAAGUCCUCUAACGCUUAACAGAUUUCGUCCAACAGAAGGGAGUGCAGUUAUUCCAUGGAUGAUUUUCAGUGAUCGUUUUCACCAACUAUCAACCGAUACACCAAGACGCAAUAUCCCCUCCUAUGUGCAAGCUUCCGUGAAAGAUAUUGUACUGCAGAUAAUGGGAAUGAUGAAUGGCAAUUCGAAAGUCAGGGGUCGUGUUAUUUCGUUCAAAAGGGUAAAUUAUGGGUACAUGCGUGUCAAUCCUUUGUUUGGAUGCGAAUAUGUUUUGGAUUUACUACUUCAGUACAACCGAUAUCGUGGGAAAAAGGUUUCCCUACCGGUACGCAGACACGCGUAUCUACAGCAAACGUUUUCUCGUACCGAAUUAUACGAAGACUCUUCAACUCAUUUGGAAAAAUUGGUCAAGAUGGAAUCACUAAAAUUUCAAGGAUGGGCAAUAAACUCAUUUGUGGGAAUGAUACCAAAGCAUAUUAAAUCUUUGUUUGGAUUGAACAAAAAAUCAGACUUUGCGCCUGAUUUUGAUAUGAUUUCAUACCAAGAUCAAGGUGCAGCUACAUAUGACGAUUUUGUUAAAAUUAAACCGGAGGUUGCUCUACAUAGUAGGUUCACUCAAGCCGGUGAUGGCAAAUUGAAUUUACCUACUGUAAAUAUAAUAAUACCGCUUACUGGGAGAUUUUUGACAUUUCAAAGAUUUAUGUCAAAUCUGGAAAAGAUUGCUUUAUUUCCUGGAAAUCCUGUGUCAGUAUUAAUAAUGCUUUUUAUGCCACAAGACGCAAAUCCAAAAAUAGAUAUGAGGCUCACGCAAGAACUUAUACAGGAAUAUAAAGUACGAUAUCCAAAGAAUGAUAUUCGAUAUGUGCCGGUGGCUGGCGAGUUUUCACGAGGUUUGGCAUUAGAAGUUGGAGCUUCGCAGUUUUCCGGAGAUUCUUUGCUGUUCUUUUGUGACGUUGAUGUCAUCUUCAAUUCCAAAUUUCUUGAUAAAUGUCGAAGUAAUACUAUCAGAGGUCAAACUGUUUAUUAUCCAGUGUUAUUCAGCGAAUUUGAUCCGAAACUAAGUGGAUUCAACACAAACGUAAAAGGAGAAAGAGCGGAUCAUUUUGAAAUAAUUGGCAAUUCUGGAUAUUGGAGAAGCUUUGGGUACGGUUUGUUAUGUGUAUAUCAAAGUGACUUCGCCUCUACUGGUGGAUUCGAUACUAGCAUUAGAGGGUGGGGUUUCGAAGAUGUGGACUUGUAUGGAAAAUUUGUGAUGUCCGAAUCGAAAAAUUCGGAAGACGAAAUAAAGCCCGCCAGCAUAAAAUUGGUUACAGCAAAACCAAUGAGAGUUCAAGAACCAGAUUUAAUACACGCACAUCACCCUUCACACUGUGAUCCGGAACUGAGUGAAAAACAAUUGUCAAUGUGUCGUGCAUCACGCGCAACAAGCAUAAUGUCCAUUUCAAGACUUUAUGAAAAAUGGCAGAAAAACGUUGUUAGCCAUAUUGUACAGCAGCACGAUCAACCUGUUGAACACCAAAACAAUAGACACAAUUUUAAAGAGGAUGAAAUUAACAAAUAUUAUAAUAGUAAAAAUAAAUUUUAUCAAAUGGACAAAAAGAAAUGAUGGCAAAUGAUUUGCGUAUUUAUAAAAUUCUACAGGUUUAUAAUUUCCUCACAUGACGGCAAGAGUGACCAUAUACAUAUAUUGUAAAAAUAUGUUUGCAAGUACAAACAAUGGAGUUACUCUACCUUCCACUGUAAUUCCAAGUCGUCCAUAUGUAUUUUUUGAGUACAGUCCUGUAUGCGUAAAUGUAUAACGAAUUCAUUGUACAUUCGAUGAAUAUUUUAUUUUCAUAUAUUUCAGUAUUUGUCAUAUUUUUAUAACGUUUAAACAAAAUUAUUUCUUCAUGCAUUCUGACAUCUGUUUUAUUUAGGUCAUUUAAGCUUUCCUUGAUUUUGAUAUUUUUUUACUACAUUAUACUUAGUCAUUGUCAAAACAAGCAGUACAGUUUGUCUAUUUAUGUCAUGACAUCUACAGUAUUUUACACAAUAUAGAAAUAAUUUCUUUUUAAA